AUGGCACCACGGACGGGCUCUUCGCCGCCACCGCCUUCUCACAACUCGUAUGACGACGACAUAGAUAUUGACGACGAACCUGAUAGCUUUCCAGACUGUCCUUCGUCCAAGCAUUUGGCCGCACCGUCCAAACGACAAGACAUUACAGGUUCGAGUCGGACAGCGCGAGCUAAUGGCACACGCCGAAAUGUGUUCUCCAUACUCGGCCAACUAAACAUUUCUCCCAAAGUGUUCUCUUCUACGACUAUACAGACAGCAGCACUCAUUGCCGUCUACACCAUCUGUAUAACAACUUUAUGGAUUAUCUUUUGCGCAUCAUACAUUCUAACGUUCUACGAUGAUACUAAAAAACUCGUACGCACUUCUCGAGUAUGGGCUCGAGUGAAACAUGGAGUACGCGAGAGACUAUCUAUGAUGGGGGAAGACUGGGAAGGAUUAGCUAAAAAAUAUUUUGACCAACCGUGGACAGAAUUCAAUUCCAAUACAGACGCUGCCAGCAAGAGCGCACAUUUGAACGAUCAACAAAGGAAUUCUAAUUCUGGAUCUACGAAAACUCCGCAGAAAGAGUGGGAAGAGUGGUUAAAGUCGAUGAUGUACAAGUUUGUGUCAGGCGUUGCUGGGCAGGAAACUAGUAACAAAUUUUACCAGAAUGGGGGAGCAAGGUUUAGACCUUCAGCUCAAGCUGGUGGCUCUAACGAUGGACGUCGUUGA